AUGCCCGCCGCCGACAAGCCGCCUACCGUGCCUCCCGAGAUCGACAUCGCCAACCCGGGCAAGUCGGAGCAGUUCUGGAUCGAGACCGACUACUCGGACAAGACUCGGUUCUGGGCCAAGCGCUUCUACCCCACCGACUCCUCCGCCGGCAAUGACGACGAGGUGCAGCCCAAGUCCACCACCAUCUUUGUGCAUGGAUUUGUCGAGUAUGUCGAUCGCUACCGCAACAUCUUCAAGCUGUGGCCCAGCAAAGGUCACGAGAUCCUCGGUUUCGACCAGCGUGGGUGGGGCAACACCUGCCACUCCUCGUCGGACCCGGUCAAGAACUACGGCAACACCACGUGGCCCCAACAGUUUCAGGACCUUGAACAUGUCAUUCGCCAGACGCGCCGACGCCUGGACCAGAGGUGGGGCGCCAACAAGGUGCCCAUCUUCCUGUUGGGGCACAGCAUGGGCGGAGGCAUUGUCACCGCCUUCCACACGCGCAGCGACGAGUGGAAGAAGCAGCACGGCGGCAACGGUCCGUCCCAAGAAGCCAAAGAGAUGGUCGCCGGCGUAGUGGCGUGCGCACCUUGGCUGACGCUCACCAAGCCUCCGCCCUGGUUUGUGGUGUGGGGUGCCACCAAGGUGCUCACGUUGAUUCCCGAGAUGCACUGGAGCGUCGACCUGCUGGGUAAGAAUAUCUCGAGAGAUCCCGUGGUCGCACGCAACUUUGAGAACGACCCGCUUUCGGACAAGAAGGUCUAUCUCAAGGCUAUCCAAGGCCCGCUGCAAGGUGGAGGUGACAUUGUGGAAAAGUCGUACGUGCACUGGCCAGAGUCGAAACCUCUGCUCGUCGUUCACGGUACGGCAGACCUCAUCACUAGCCCUAAUGGCUCUAAAAAGUUCGUGGAGCGUGUCAGCGCAAAGGACAAGACGCUCAAGCUUUUCGAUGGCUACUACCACGACCUGCUCAACGAGCCCGGCCAGGACAAGGUCAUUGUGGGAGAGUAUAUCAUCAGCUGGUUGAACAGUCACCUUUGA